AGUAAAGUAGAAAACCUGCUUAUUUAAUUUUGAAUUAGAUUCGGGUUUAAUUGUUUGUAUUGUAUUUCAAUCUGUCAAGACAUUCGUUGUAAUUACAUUAAGUAUUUAAAUAACAAUGGCUACUAGUGGUAAAAUUGUUGAUUUAUCUUCAGAAUUAUCUAUUCCUCAACUCUCUGGUUUAAAACAACAACUUGAUCAGGAAGUCGAAUUGCUCGCCACAUCUAUUCAACAGUUACAGAAUGCUCGAAUCAAGUAUCAAGAGUCUGGUGAAUGUGUUUCCAGUCAAGCUAAAGUGCCAAAAAAUUCGGAGAUUUUAGUACCACUAACUGCAUCUAUGUAUGUAAAUGGAACCAUCGUGGACAAUGAUAGAUUUCUGAUAGAUAUUGGUACAGGUUACUACAUUGAAAGGAACAGAGAAGCAACAAUCGAUUAUUUUAAACGCAAAGUUGAAUUUUUGAACAAAGAAAUUGAAAAAUUUGCAAAAAUUGCGCAAGAGAAGAUUAAUAUAAGAGAAUCUGUUAUCGAGGCUCUGGUUUACAAACAGCAAGCUGCACUACUUGCUAGCAAGGCGCAAGCACAAUAACAUUUGUUUAUGAUUAAGAAGUCUUUUUGUCGAUUCAUGAAAUUUAGAUAAAUUUCGACCACCGACCAAAGUGAAAAGUUUACCGAGAAGGAUUGUUUCCAGCUGAUCUGAUCACUAAUCAUCUUAACAUACUUUUUCAACGCCUUCCGAGCGGCUAUUUAUUAUGUAAUUGGAUCCUUUUUCUCUGGUUUAAAACUGUAAAGAAUCAAAUUCUUUAUUCUUGUUUUCUUAUGAGUUUUCAUUCUUUUCUGUUCCAACUCAAUCUUUAACUAAAAUUAAAACCGACUUUGAAGGCAAAAGUUGACCUAA